UUGCUCUGGUCUGGUAGCGCGGUGGACUGCCUUGGCUGGGGCGUCUGCCAUCAGCGACGCGCCCGUCCAUCAUUCCUGUGGCUGCUAUGGUCGUCUCGGUACUUGUUUCCUGGCACUUGCAUCGGGCAGUUCUUCAAUGUUCAUGUUGCGACUUCGACGAAUCUCACUUCGCGAUUGUUGCCUAUUGUUCAACUGGAGCUACUAGUGCUGUACUUGCACCCAGGAGGAAAGACUCAGAUGGCCGGCGUGCUGCCGUCCAUGAAACCGGAUGGUUCAUCAACCACUCGGAUAAACUGCUAGUACAGAAGCAAACGGAACCUCGUCGAUGCGGCCACGAUAUCAACAUGCCUACGAAGCGCAGAAGUCUGUCCUAUCGAACUAGUAGACGUGCUCGCACUCCAUUCUUCAUUCUCAUACUGAGGCUAGAGAGUAGACACACUUCUACAUUGUUCGCUCAGACCAACCCGGCUGGACGAUGGAACGCACAAUGAGUAUACUAGUCAAAUCGCCAUGCUCACUAGAGAUUGAGCUGCACACGAACCAUAUAAAACGACGUCAAAGUCACUCG